UAUUUCAUGACGGAACUACUUCCUGUUGUUGUAGCUAGCUUAAGUCGGUUUGUGGUUGCUCCGAGUAGAAAACUAAGAAAAACAAACGGAUAAUUCAAUGAAAUGUUUGGAUUUCCUUCUACAUAAAAUUCGAUUCAUCUUUGUUAUUUUAUAAUAUUAUACAUUGUCCUCUGCUGUCUAAAUGGGUGCACAUUACUGCGACAUAUGUAGACAAACAACAUUCGACGGGAAGACUCAUAUAUUCGGAAAGAAUCACCAGAGCAGACUCAGAGUGGUUCUUCUGAAAUUCUUGGAAAAGGUGAAGGAAGCUCGUCGAACACUGAAGAAACCCCAAGUAGAGAAGUUUGACUGCACCGUGCACAAGCAGACCUUCUGGUGCUACUGCUGUGGGCUUGAAGUGGAAAGAAAUGUCACAGAUGGAAACAUGACUGUGCUGUACGGGGGCCUGUUGGAACACAUGGCCACCCAAGAGCACAAGAAGAGUACUCACAAGUUUUGGUGGGACAAUAAGGCUGAUCCCAAACUUAGAGACAAGUUCAUCAUCACCCAGGAAGAGACUGACAGGUUUAAAGCUGAGGUUGAGAACGCAUUGGGAUCGUUUGUGGAAAACGAGGAUGAGUUCAUAAAACAGCAAGCUGAUCGCAUCCGGGCUCAGGAGAAGAAUCGUCAAGAGGUCCUUCAGUCUCUUUUAGAGCGUGAUGCAGAGCCGGAGUUCUUCAAUGGAUUCAACGGUGCAGACGUGUCUGCAGAAGAGGCUGCCAGCUCUCAAUUUACACCUCAGAGAUCGGACCAGCAGGCAGGGAGCAGCUCUAUGGAGACAGUGGUUGAAGUACCGCCAGCUGCAGCAGGACAAGGCCUGACUUUCAUUGGUUAUCAGGAUUCCUCAAACAUUGGAAACGUUCACACAGGUGCUGUCCCUCCAUGGCUUCAGGAAGAUCCCCUGGAGGGAACCUCUGGAGCUGCAGCGCAAUCAGAGAUCGGCCCAUCGCUCCAAGGGUUCCUCAAGCACAAGGAACAAGAGAAACUGAGGAAGCUCCCACCGAACAGAGUCGGAGCAAACUUUGAUCACAGCUCGCAGACAGACGCCAACUGGCUCCCUUCCUUUGGCAGAGUCUGGAACAGCGGCAGACGCUGGCAGUCCAGGCACCAAUUCAGACAAGAGGAGGGGCAGAAGAGGAAACAGAAGAGGAAGAGGGACCAUGGAACCGACACGUCGAAAAAAGGAAAAUCUACAGAACAGCAGACCAACUCUGAUACUUAAAACUGAGUUUGAUGUGUGAGGAUUCAUGAGUGGAAGGAUGUACAUAGUUUGCUAGAUGUAAAUGUUUAUUUUACUAAUCUUUAGGAGUUGGUUGAGAGGCUCAUGCAAAUUAAACACCGUGCUGUCAGACAAACUGUUAUCUGUGUAUAUUGGAACUUGUUUUAGGCUUUCUGUUCUGAACGAACGGAGGUUUCAUUAAAAACAUGAGCAAUGGAAAUUUAAAUUGUUUAUUGGAUGUGUUCUUGUUGAAAAGACGCUGAUUGGUCCAACUUCAUGAACCCUCUCCAAGUUAUUGCCUCAAUUUAAACAUGAAGUUUACUCAACAGCACACUGCUGUACACUAGAAUUUUAGAUUGUGAACAUACUUUGUUCAAAGCUACCUGAGACAAAUGUAGAUCCUAAAAGACCUUUAUCUGUCCAUAUUUUUUAAACAAGUCCAGGAAGGAUUUGGGUCAGCAAUUUACUGGUUACAGCUUUUUGAGACCCAAAGAUAAAGUGACAAUUCUGAAAACUAAACAGCAGGGGGCGCAUGUCUCCCAACUUACAAAAGAGACUAACACAAAGGCCAUCUGUUGAUGCCAAAAUUUAGAUAAGAUGAUAAAAACAAAAACUGUGUGAUCGAUUUUGAAGGAUGUGUGAUCUAAAGAUGCAUCAACAUGUCCAGCAGCUCUCAGUGUUUAAACAACUCAAGUUACUAACAUGUCUAUGCAGUGAACCUGUGCAAAACAUGAGCUCUCAUUUCCCUUUUCAGAUGUUACACAGAUAAUCAGAAAUGUUUGGAUUAGGAUUUCUGCUCUCAAAAACUGGAACUUCAACCUGUUUCAAAUCCUUAAAAUAGAAAGAAGGAAGCUAAAUUCAUUGUGUGUUUUGUGGUGUGUAGGGAUGAUAAAGUCAUACUCCACCUAUGACGUAAAGAGCAUGGGACCUGAACACAUAUAGGAGACAGCUCUUAUGGGCAUAUGCAUGCAGAACUGCUGCUGCUUUCUUAAAUUAUUGUAUGAUUUGACAUUUUUUUUAAAUGCAGUGUAUUAUGAUGUAUAAAAUGAUAAACUACA